AUGUCGGGCGAUUCCCUGAGAUACAUACCCCUGACCUACGAUCAUGCGGAUUCACAGGCCUCAGCGCUUAGGCUGGUACUCUCCAUAAAACCAGACUGGGAAGGCUCCGGCAACAAUAUUGAAUUCGUGCGAUUCACAGACGGGAUAACGAAUACUCUACUCAAGAUCAUCAACCGGAAGCCCGGCUUGACUGAUGAACAGAUCGACAAUGAGGCCAUCUUAAUGCGCGCCUAUGGUAACCAUACUGAGAUACUCAUAGAUCGCGAAAGGGAGACUAGAUCUCACACUUUGCUCGCCCAACACGGUCUCGCUCCUCCGCUUCUAGCCCGGUUCAAGAAUGGCUUAUUGUAUUGCUUUAUCCGCGGCCAUGUCACGUCUCCCGCAGACCUCACAAAGCCGUCUGUCUGGAGAGGUGUUGCUCGUCGACUAGCUCAAUGGCAUGCUUCUCUUCCCAUCACUCAAUCCAAUGAGAGUAGCCAAUUUUCAGAUUCAGCCGAGGAGUCACCAACGGAGGAUUGCUGUGAUUUAGCCAAGCCCAAUGGGGCGUCUAAAGCCCAGCCGGAGACCAACAUUACUCCCAUCCGGCCGCGACAAGCUGGACCUAAUAUGUGGACGGUCCUACAAAAGUGGAUUCUUGCAUUGCCGGCCCUGACAGAAGAGCAGAGGCUACGCCAAAGGUCGCUUCAAGGUGAACUGGAGCGCCUCGUAGACGAGCUUGAUGAUGGUAGUGGCAUUGGCGACAAUGGGUUGGUCUUCGCUCACUGCGACCUACUAAGUGCCAAUGUUAUUGUGCAGCCUCAGACAGCGACGAACGGACAUGCCAACGGACAUGAACACUCCAAGGAGGUUCAAUUCAUUGAUUACGAAUAUGCCACGCCGUCACCAGCUGCAUUUGAUAUUGCCAACCAUUUUGCUGAAUGGGGCGGAUAUGAUUGUGACUACAACAUGUUGCCGACACGUUCCGUACGCCGCGAUUUCCUGACCGAAUACGUGAAGAGCUUUUCCCAGCACGGUGGCAAAGGCAUCGAUGCUAAUAAGGAGCAACAUGAGAUUGUCGAGAAAUUGUUCCAAGAUGUGGAUAGGUUCAGAGGGAUACCUGGGUUUUACUGGGGUGUAUGGGCUCUUAUCCAAGCAACUAUUUCUCAGAUUGACUUUGAUUACGCAUCCUACGCCGAAGUUCGCUUAGGCGAGUACUGGGCCUGGCGUCGUGAAAGCGAUGCCGGCUACUCUAUGGACGCAAAAGAAGAGAAACCAUUACGAGAACGCAGAUGGGCGCAGGAAGCCUAG